AUGCGUAAGCUGGAUGGGGUGAAAUCUUGUCCUGGAAAGCCCUGGUUCUCUGCAUCUCAUGUCGGAGCUGCAGUUAGCGAGAAGAGACUGAAAUGGAAGGCAUUCCUAUCUAGGAAGACGCCAGAAGCUUUCAAGUCAUACCGCGAAGCUCGCAGUAACAUUGAGAACGCGGAAGCUCAACACGCUGUUGGGGAUGUCAAGCGCCUCAUCAACGAGUUGAAAUCUGGUCUAGGCUUCACACUGACCCACAGACGACAUGAUCUCCUCUCUCCGCAGGUCUUUGCAAGUCAUUUUACGCAACUAUUUGCUCCGAAAACUUGCACUCUACCUGCCCUUGAGCCAGUCGACCUUCCAAUAGAGCGCACGGGAGGGGAUGACAUCACUUUGGAUGAGGUGAAGGACUCUCUCUGCUCUAUGGAUAAUGGUAAAGCUCCCGGAGCAAAUGGGGUGCUCACAUCAGCUUUGAAAGCCGGUGGUGAGCAUUGUCUGAGGAUCUUACACCGCUUGUGCAAAGAGUGGUGGAGUGAACCGGAGACUAUUCCCAGAGCUUUAGGACAUUCCAUUAUUAUCCCUUUCUAUAAGAAAGGUGAUAGGAAGGUAGCAGGCAACUAUAGGGGGAUAAAUCUGCUCGAUCAUAUCGGCAAGGUUUAUUCCGGAGUUUUGGGGCAGAGGCUCAAGCCUCUAGCAGAGAGUUUCGUUGGAGAGAAGCAGUUCGGAUUUCUCCCAGCGAAGGGCACUCUAGAUGCGGUUCACGUACUACGUCGAUAUUUGAAAGCAGCCUUCGAUAAAGUACCUCGUCCUGCGAUCUGGAGAGCUCUCAGGCUAGCCGGAUGUGAUGAGAAGCUCAUUUCAGCUAUCGAAUCACUACACCAUAUGGGAACUAGACAGGGGUGCCGAAUAGCGCCUCUUCUAUUCAUCAUCUUCAUGGGAAAUGGGUGA